GUCAGAGAGCUGCUGAUGAAGAUGAAGGAGCUGCUCCUCUUCCUCUCCUGUGUCCUCUGUGUCUCUGCUGACGUUCUUCAUGAGGACAUUAAAAUCGCUGGCUGUUCAGACUCUGAUGGAGAGGACGUGUAUACACUGGAUGGUGAAGAGCUUGCCUACGCAGACUUCAACAAACAGGAGGAAAUCUACCCUCAGCCUCCUUUUGUUGAUCCUAUGACUUACCCAGGAGCUUAUGAACAAGCUGUGGGUCAGCUACAGAUCUGCAAACAGAACCUGAAAGUGGACCAACAUGACUUCAGGGAUAUCCCACUGGAGCGAGAUGCUCCUUCAGCUGUGAUGAUCUACACCAGAGAUGAGGUGGAGUUUGGAGAGGAGAACACUCUGAUCUGUCACGUGACUGGUUUCUACCCUGCUCCUGUCAACGUCUCCUGGACCAAGAACGAGCAGAAGGUCACAGAAGGAUCCACCAUCAACGUUCCCUAUCCCAACAAAGAUGGGACCUUCACCCAGAUCUCCAGACUGCAGUUCACCCCACAGCUGGGAGACGUGUACAGCUGUACAGUAAAACAUCUGGCCCUGACACAACCACUGACCAAGAUCUAUGAUGUGCAGGCGCCUCCUCAGUCUGAUCCAGGUGUUGGACCCUCUGUGUUCUGUGGAGUGGGUCUGACUGUGGGUCUGCUCGGUGUGGCCGCUGGGACCUUCUUCCUCAUCAAAGGAAACGAGUGCAGCUGAUUGGCUGCUUAUAUUACUAAUGUUUGAUUACAAAAGUCUUUAAAGUGAUAUGAAAUAUUGUGAGUGACAUGUAUUUUAUGCAGUGAAAUAGAAAAAAGUAUGGGCAGGUCAGGAAACCCUUUGAAUGAUUAGACUUUCAGUAAAUAACACAGUUUCCAUUAUUUUAUAACCCCAAAGAACAAAAACAGUCACCUCAAAGUCUACAAGGAUGAACACUUCUAGUAUCACAGAGAAAAAAUAUAACCCUGUUUAAAAACUCCCAUUCAGUCUGUCUUUAAUCUAUCUGUUAUCGUGUCAUAAUAAAAAAAGAGGUUAAACAGAAGUUCCUCCACUCCACAUGUCCAAGUGUCCCUUGGCGAGGGAGUGAACCCAGUUUGGUCUGGUGCAUUAAUAAGUUCGUGUGUGUCAGUAACAUGCAGCUCAUAAGAAAGAGAUGAUUGCAGAGAGAAUCAGUGAGAAAUGAAUAACUGUGUAUUUUGCUUUUGGGAUCACCUCAACUGGACAUCGACCUCUUUGGAAGAAGGUUUACCUUCUUUGAUUCAUUUAUAGACAGUUUAUGUGACCGGUUGCUAAUUACUUAUCACAGAUUAACAUUUCUUAGUGGUUUUCAGAUACCUUUGUGAGGUGUUGUUCAUGCAUCACAGACUCAAACCUUUAUUCUGGUUGUACUAUGUUGACUCCAGUUUCCACCCUUCUGUAAAUGUUUGAAUGGCACUUUUAUCUACAGUAAUAACACAAAUACUAAAAUACAGUUAAUUCCAGUAUUCAUUUAUGCUUUUGUGACAUGGAAAACUUGAUACCCAUCCUAUCAAAUAGAGUACUAAACUCUCAUUUUGACUGGUUCUUUAAAUACUCUUUAUUUUUGUGUGACUGUAUUCUUCAAUGAUAAAAGCAAUAAAAUACAUAUUUCAGA